CUUGAAGUGAUAUGUCCUAAUGAGGUAUUCAGUACAGGGACACAAAUAGCAACAACGACAACGAUUCGGUCAACACAGACAAAAUUACACAAAAUCAACGAGCCGAUCGAAUGUGCAAACAAACCGAAUAUGAUUCGAUUCAAUUCUCAUUUUUCGUUGAAUUGUAUUAAAUAUGUCGGAAAAAUGACUCGAGAGCCUACUGAACUAUUUCUAGUCCUCUGAUUUUUUCCCCUCCAUUUUCAGCUCAUUCCUAUCCCAGUCAUGUAUGUUGUUAAACAUCGUGCAUGGGCUUAUUUGUUGAAGCAUGAUAGUACAAGGACCAUAGAUGAAAUAACCACAAAAGCAAAAGAUCUGAUAAUAAAAUGCCAGGUCAGAAGGAUAUAUACGGAAGCGGAGGGAGGGAAGUUGGCUGGAUAAUAAAAAAGGUUGAGCCUAAUUGGGUGGCUCUCGUUUCUUCUUCAUCGGACCUUUGGCCACGGCCCACGAGUGGUCGUUAUUUAAAACGUCAUUAUCCUAUUCCUCUCUCCACCAACCAUAAACCCAACCACUAUUCAUUUCCUUACAAAAAACUUAAAAAAACAAAACAUAAAUCACUAAUUUAGCUAUCAAAUUUAUAAGAUACUUAUGUAUCGUUACAUGCUAACAAUGCAGUCAAAAGCGUGAUUCUACCCAGAAGCGGUAGAAAGAUCUGGAAGCGUAAAAUCGUAAGCUUUAAAGCGUAGAUUUUGACUACUUUUGCAAAGGAAAUCACGAUCCUACGUAGAAGCUUUUUGGUGACCUAAAAAGAUAAAAGCGUAAGUUUUUAAGUUUUAAAGCGUGAUUUUGACUGCAUUGCAUGCUAAAGCUAUCGGGAUAAUAGGGUCAUUAUACUUUCGAUGUCAAUUGUGCGCAUCUUGAAAUUUAAAAGAUCUCAAACCGAUCCAAUUGUUAUUGAUGCUCUGCCCUGCCUUGUCAGCAGAAGUAAUCAAACUCCUUCUGAACAAAAACAAAAAAAAAACGAGGGUAAAGUUUCAUUGCAUCAUUAAUACCAACAACGUGAGUAUAGUUCGCUACAGUGUCAUACGAAAAUCAAGAUAAAUUACAAUAACAUUUGGAUUAAACACUAAGAUGAAAGUCAAGCGCGCGCAAAAAAAAAGCCUAAAUGAACCAACAAUCGAUGUGGCUAGAACGAUAUUAUGUGAUGAGGCUAACAUACUAAACCAAUAGAAUUUUUCAUCGGCCACUCAGAAAGCAACACCUGAUAUAUAUCAUAAUGAAAAGUCAUCUUCCAACCUACUAGAACCCAACAUGUUAAACCAAACAAAAUGUCGGACACUUUUCAUUUCCCCCCCUUCUUUCUUUCAAUGCUCCCUCUCAAAUCUAUCUAUGUAGCAAGUAGCAACUAGCAAGUUGAGGGGUUGGAGAUAUUUGUUUAAUUGUUUGGUGGUUGCUGAGUAGGAGAGUUAGAGAUAUUUUUAUUGAUUUUUACAGAUAUUUUUAAGAGAGUGGGUGACUGAGAUGGGCAAAAUGGAGAAGAUAAAGAUUGGUAGCUCCUUUUUCACUAUGCGAGAUAUUUUGGGGACUAGUAGUGGCAUCAAGUAACACCAAAAAGACAAAAAGAAAAAACCAACCACACUCAAAACGAUGACAAUUUUGAUCUGACCUGUUGUAUACGACCUGUUUGGCUGGUUUUGGGCAGGUCCGAUCCGUCCCGUAAGAAGAAAAAACCAACCACACUCAAAAACUUAAAUUUAGGGAUGACAAUUUUGACCUGACGUGUUGUACCCGACCUGUUUGGCCUGUUUUGGGAAGGUCCAACCCGUCCCGUAAGCGGGGGCGGGGCAGGCAUGGGUACCUCUCAUCGACCCGACCUAUCCUGACCCGCGUCAUUCUCGAUCCGUUCUUGACUAAAUUACAUGUAAUCUUAGUCAAAUUACUUAGGAAUUUUAUUUUAUUAUCUCUUAUUUAGCUUUUAAAAAGUUGUAAAUAAGUGAAAACCUCAAUUUCUCUAAUAAUUUAACUACAUUUUAUCAUAUUAUGGUUAGUUAAAAUAACCAAUAUUUCUAACAUUUUCACAUAAAUUACAUACCAAUUGAGUCGACCUGCCCCGACCUGCGCCCCGUAAUAAAUUAUCAAACUGGACCAGGCGUGCCAUGGAACGGGUAUGGGUAUCGAGGUACCCGCCCCGAACAUGCCCCAUUGCCAUUCCUACUUAAAUUCCUCAACCUGUCAUCUACUGGACAGGACUCCAACACGUGUACAUAUGCUAAUGGAUGAUUCUGACUAAGGUUUUCUAAUUGGGCUAAUCACAUGCUGUAUUCUUUACUUAUCUUCCUCUUUUUCCUUGAUAAUAAUAAUAAUUUUUUCAAUUUUGCGGUCGGCGGUGGCCGGUUUACGUGUCCUCAAUCUGAUUCUUAUGGCAGUUGUGUUGUGUCCUUCUGACCACAAAAAUAAAAGAAUGGAGACAAUAAUGAAAAUGCAGUUGCGUCUUUAUUUUUUAAUAAAAUUGGUCAAAUCAGUUGGGAAAGGCUUUUCUUUGUUCAAUCUGGAUAAGCCUAAAAAAACUCCCUUCCUCUAUUCGUUCAGUCCACUAAAGAACGUAAGUUGAUGGGCUUGUUGCCUUAUGGGCCCAUUCUCCCGCAGUUAUCCACUAACGAACGCUUUCAGAAAUGAAUAUAGGCUCAAAAUUGUCAUAUGCAAUUCUCAGUGGGCCUGGCCCAGCAUGGCCCAACCCGAUGAUAGAACAAGUUGGGACUCCGAUGCAUUUCCGGCCAAGAGAAAGGAGGGAAUCCUGAUUUUGUUUGAUUCUUUACCGUUAGCGGAAGGAAAUCUCGCCAGCCUGGUUUGCGCUUCGCCGGCUGGGAACCGAACCGAGAAAAGGAAGACGAGCUUUCCUCCGGUGGAAACUCUCAUCAAUCAAUCCCAAUAUAUAUCCAAAAUACAUAUUUUUGUAAUUUUCUUUUUUAUUUAUUCAGACUGGAAUUUUGAAAAUCAGUCAAAGGGGUCUUCCUUCGAUCUGGUCCGUUCAGAGCUGGGCCCCGCCCAGAUCCAACGGGUUCUUAGUUCUUCUGGCCCAUCAGUAACAAUACUGCUGCUUCUCUCCGACCAAUACCAACGGCAAUUCUCUGACUCCAGAGUGCAGACAAAAGUCCAGCGUGUCCUCCACCGCCACUGUGAAAGAGAUCCCCACCGUUGAAACUAUCUGCCUCGUGAUUCCGCCUGCGAAUCUCUCCUUUACCCUCCUCCUCCUCUCUUGCUUCGCUUCCCCAUUUCCCCACUCUCUCAAAACCCGACAUCAAUUCCUCCAACCUACUUUCCCCUUUUUUCAAAAUUUGCACUUCACUCUCAGUCUCUCUCUCUCUCUCUCUCUGGUUUCCCAGCUUCUCUACAUCCCGAACUUCUUCUUCUUCUUCUUCGUCGUUGCUUGCAGGGAGGUUGGAAAUCAUACUAGACCACUUCCAAUGGCUGCCCUCCUCCUGCUCUUCAUCUCCCUUUCGCUAGCUCUCUCUGCCUCUCUUGCUGCUGCUGUGGAUGAAGCGCCCUUCAUCGGCGUCAACAUAGGCACAGACCUCUCCGACAUGCCGCACCCGACUCAAGUAGUAGCCCUUCUGAAAGCGCAGCAGAUCAAGCACGUCAGGCUCUACGACGCGGACCGCGGCAUGUUAACCGCCCUGGCCAACUCAGGGAUUCAGGUCAUGGUCUCCGUCCCCAACGACCAGCUCCUCGGCAUAGGCCAGUCCAAUUCCACGGCGGCCAACUGGGUCUCCAAGAACAUCGUCGCGCACUACCCGUCCACCAACAUCACAGCAAUUUGCGUCGGCUCCGAGGUGCUCACAACCCUCCCCAACGCCGCGCCUAUCCUCGUCAGCUCCCUCAAGUACAUCAAUUCGGCGCUCGUGGCAUCGAAUCUCGACCGCCAGAUCAAAGUCUCCACCUCAUUUGCAUCCUCCCUCAUCCUCGAUUCCUUCCCUCCCUCGCAGGCCUUCUUCAACAAGUCGCUGAACCCGGUCAUGGUUCCGCUCUUGAGCUUCCUCCAGUCGACGGGGUCGUACCUAAUGCUCAAUGUGUACCCUUACUACGACUAUAUGCAGUCCAACGGUGUCAUCCCCUUGGACUAUGCGCUCCUCGAGCCCCUCCCUCCGAAUAAGGAAGCUGUCGAUGCCAACACUCUUGUUCACUACUCGAACGUCUUCGAUGCGAUGGUGGAUGCAGCGUACUUCGCAAUGUCGGACCUCAACUUCACCAACAUUCCUGUUCUGGUCACCGAGACGGGCUGGCCGUCGAAAGGUGACCCCAACGAGCCCGAUGCGACGCUGGACAAUGCCAACACUUACAACAGCAACCUGAUCAGGCAUGUGCUGAACAAGACUGGCACACCCAAGCACCCUGGGAUGGCGGUCAGCACGUACAUUUACGAGCUGUACAACGAGGAUACCAAGUCGGGCCCCUUGUCGGAGAAGAACUGGGGCUUGUUCAAUGCGAAUGGGGAGCCGGUCUACGUGAUGAAUUUGGCAGGGUCGGGGUCUGUGCUGGCGAAUGACACGGCGAACCAGACUUUCUGCACGGUGAAGGAUGGUGCGGACAGGAAGAUGGUGCAGGCUGCUCUGGAUUGGGCUUGUGGAGCUGGCAAAGUCGAUUGCUCUGCGUUGUUGCAGGGUCAGACGUGUUAUGAACCGGACAAUGUGAUUGCACACGCGGCCUAUGCUUUUGAUGCUUACUACCAUCAGAUGGGGAAAGGUCCGGGGACUUGCGAUUUCAAAGGGGUGGCUACUGUCACCACUACCGAUCCAAGUCAUGGUACUUGUGUAUACCCUGGAAGUGGAGGGAAGCAGAAUGGGACGAUGGUGAAUGUAACAGCUCCAUCGAUGAACUCGACUGCUUCGGAUUCGCCUGGUGUGGGAGAUCAUCACAGUGUCAUCCGUUUCACAAUGCUGUUCGGAUUGUUGGCACUGGGUUUGUUAGCUUGGUUGUAGUAAAUAGUGUAGCAGACAGUAGUGUGCCUUCUGACAGUUUUGGGGCAAGAGUAGGUUUUCUGUGAACUCCAUUCCCAGUUUGGAGGGAGUUGCAGAGGGUGGCAUAUCUGGUGGCCAAGUUGGCAGCGGCAGUAGGAGGUACUUGAUCUGAUUUGGGGAUUAUUUGUUGGUGGGAUUUGGAAAAAAUGAAGAAUUCGACUAAAACCUUUCGUUCUGACGGAUUGGUGUCGACUGUUGAAUUAUCAUCCCACUGGAUUGGGUAGCUGAAAUAUUCUAUUCAUGGAGUACUUUUUAGUGGAACCAUCCUAAAUACACAAAGGAAGGUAACUCUAGAAGAGAGGACUAUACUGUUUUUCGCCCCACAUUACGUGUCGAUAAUUUCAUACCAGAGGUCCUUUAGACGAAUCUGUCAUCACAUCUUGAUAAAGUUGGUCGACCAUCAUUCUAGAGUCCGCUUUCAAGAUCACACGACGUGACCUUCAAGAAAUAACAACUUACGAU